AUGGGGCAGCAGCUGCAAAAGCUUCGUAAGAUGAAUAACACAGAAGAUGAGGGGAUUGCGACAUCACUGGACAGGGACUGGGUAACCUCAUUGGAGAAGAAGGUGUCAGACACAAAACUUAGGGACAGAAACAGAGAGCCAACAAUAUACAGAGUCCCGUAUAUCUUGAAAAUGGUCGACCUCGAAGCCUUUGCGCCAUUGAUCGUCUCGCUCGGCCCCUACAACCUCGACAAAGGUCAUCUAAAGUCCAUGAAUCAGCUCAAAUGGAAGUACCUCAAGUUUGUCCUCGAGGAGCUGAACCCUCGUAUGGUCUUGGAGGACUACCUGAUUCGGUUCAAGGAUCUGGAAACGCAAGCACGCGUUGCCUAUUCGGAGGAAGUGGAGAUGAGCAGCAACAGUUUUCUGGAAAUGAUGUUGCUGGACGGAUGCUAUGUGAUGCUUACAAUAGUGGAGUGGAACAUCGUGAAGGAGAUUAUUUCAUGGACUCAAUUUGAAGUACCACAAGAUUGGCCACAAGAUUGGCGCGCAAUAGUAGAGAGCAACUUAAAGACGAAGAUUUCAGAAGAGAAUGCCUUGUUGACUCGAAGGGUAGUAGCACGAGAUAUUCUCAUGCUCGAAAACCAGCUUCCUUUCUUUCUUCUUGAAACUUUGUACAAAGCUGCAUUUCCUCCCGGCCCUUCCUUUCGAAGCCUAACACUCGAGUUCAUCCGCGGACAUUUCUCAAUAAGCUUGAAACUUCCCACAGACAACGACAAUGAGACUUUUCAUCACAUAAUUCAUCUUUUUCUUUCUUGCAUUGAUCCGACAACAAACCAUGGCAAUGGCAAUGGCAAUAGCAAUGAGUCCUCCACAUUUGGCAAUCGCCUUGUCCAUGACUUAUCAUGGAUUCCCAGGGCUACAAUUCCCCAACUUAAAAUAGACGACCACACCAGCUGGCUCUUGAGAAAUCUUAUUGCGUACGAACAAUGUUCAACGGAUUCCAAGUUCCAUGUUACAUCCUAUAUGAUGUUUAUGAAUCACUUCAUCAAAACGGCAGCAGAUGUCGAAUUGCUUCGAUUACAUAACAUCAUUAUUGACAGCUUAGGGGUGGGCACCCAAGAAAUUGCCACUCUAUUUAUCAAUCUUGUCACGAAUGUCAGCAACUCAGAUGAUUCCUACAUUAAAGGCGUCCUCAUUGACAUUAGGAAGUACCGAGACACUUGA